AAAUCCAUUGCUUUGACAGCCACUGCCAAAGUUACUGUGAACUAUGAAGCCAGUUCUUAACCAAUGAUUUCACCUUGUGUUCUUGCUUCAACUGAAACCAAAUUCGUUUUCUUUCCCUCCCUUUGCUAAAGAUUUCAGAGGGAAAGGAGAUAAAGGUAAUGCUUGUAAUAUUGCCGAAGUUAAUGUUUUCUCCACAUUCAAUUGAAAACAGACAAACCCAAACCCACGCCAAAGUCCCCAACUUCCUUUCUUUCUUCCCCAAACGAAAAAACCCUAACUAACCCUUCAAAAUCCAAAUCUGAAAGUUGUUCCUUUUGUCAAUGGAUGAAACUUUGUUGCUAAUGUUAUCAAAUCUCCUCCACCUCCACAACUCUCUUGACACCACCACUUCCCUCCUUUCCCCUUCCUACUCUUCCCCUUCCCCCACUUCCUCCCCUUCUUCUCUCCUCUCCUCCUCUUCUCCUGCCCCUCUCCUCUUCUUCACCCUCGCUUCCCUUCUCUCCUUCCUCGCCACCUCUUCUUCCAAGAAAGGACCCCAAAAUUCUUCACCUUUGUCAAAGAAAGGAGAACUCAAUUCCUCUCCUCCUCCUCCUUCUUCCUCCCACUUCUCCGUCUCAGCUUUUCGUGCCCUCUCUACCGACCAUAUCUGGUCCCUGGACGCCCCAAUCCGUGACGCCCAAUGGCGAUCCUUGUACGGACUCUCAUACUCCGUUUUCACCACCUUGGUUGAGAAGCUCAAGCCUUUUGUAACCGCCUCAAAUCUUUCCCUUCCCUCUGAUUACGCCGUGGCCAUGGUCCUCUCUCGUCUCUCCCAUGGCUACUCCGCUAAAACCAUCGCUUCACAUUCUUCUCUGGACCCUUACCUCAUUUCCAAAAUCACCAACAUGGUGACUCGUCUCUUGGCAACUAAGCUCUACCCUGAGUUCAUCAAGAUCCCAGUUUCUCGUAGAAGAUUGAUUGAAACUACCCAGGGCUUUGAGGAACUUACUUCACUGCCCAACAUUUGUGGAGCUAUUGAUGGGAGCCCGAUAAAGGUCCGUGGCUUGAAACUUGGUAGGAAUUUGAUAAAUUCUUAUAAGUGCAAAUACGGGUAUGAUUCAGUUUUGCUUCAGGUUGUUGCUGACCAUAGAAAAAUUUUCUGGGAUGUUUGUGUUAAGGCUCCUGGUGGGGUAGAUGAUGCUACGCAUUUUAGGGAUAGUUUGUUGUAUAAUAGGCUUACUUCAGGGGAUAUUGUUUGGGAUAAGGUGAUCAAUGUGAGGGGUCAUUAUGUUAGGCCUUAUAUUGUUGGAGAUUGGUGUUAUCCUUUACUAUCAUUUUUGAUGACACCCUUUUCUCCAGAUGGGGCUGGCACACCAGCACAAAAUUUGUUUGAUGGGAUGCUGAUGAAAGGAAGGUCUGUGGUGGUGGAAGCAAUAGGGUUACUUAAAACUAGGUGGAAAAUUCUUCAAGAUUUGAAUGUGGGACUUAAUCAUGCACCGCAAACGAUUGUUGCUUGUUGUGUGUUGCAUAAUUUGUGUCAGAUUGCGAGAGAGCCUGAGCCUGAGAUUCUGAAGGAUCCUGAUGAAACUGGGGCUCCUGCAAGGGUACUUGAGAGUGAGAAGCAGUUUUCUUAUUUUGGGGAAAAUUUGAGGCAGCCAUUGGCGGAUGAUUUGCACCAAAGGCUUUCCUCCCGAUAGGAAAUGCACUUUUGAGAAGAGGUUGAUUUUUUUAACCUUGUCUUAUCUGUACGAAUAUGUAUUUGAGUAGUUCUAACAUGGUUGAGAUAACAUGUGUGAUUUCACUCUUACUAUUUCUCAUCCUUUUUUAGCAAGCAAUAGAAGUAGAUUUUGUGGAGAAGUAUAAGUUGAUAUUUGAUAUCUAUGGACCUUAUUGUUAACUGCUGUGGUAAACUAACCUGGUAUUGAAAGUUGAAAAUAAGAAAGUUCUGAAUUUAAGAAACUGGCAACAUCGAACUGUUAUUAUUAAUUUUAUCUUAUAAAUUGAGGGUAAUGAUGCUUUUAUUAUGUUUUGCUUGGUGAGUUAUUAUUUGCUUUGAUGUACCGUAUAUUCACAGUUGUGAAUACCAUGUUAACUUGACUCUAUAGCAUUUGAUAGAAAGAAUCUUGUGUAUUUCUCUGGAGUGUUGGUUUGGACAUAUAUAGAGAGAGCAGUUUGUGGUUCCAUCUGCAUUAGCUUUUAUUCUCUUCUAUCAUCCCUUUCUGCCUGUGCUGCUCUUGCCUUUGCCAUCUUUCUCACCCUUGUUGUUUAGUAUGAAAUGCUUAUAUGAGAUGGUUCUGGUUGCUAAUAGCUCAUUGUUAAUUCGAAUGACUUUCUUAUGACAUUGCUCUUCAAUUGAAAUUAUCAGUAUCAUGGCUGUGAGUGAAAUAUGGGUUUGGUUGCUCGUUCUACCAUUUUAUAUAGAAAUCACUGGUAAAGGACAUGAGUUGGGCAAGCAACAUUUAUGACUCAUUUUUCUAUUUCAAUGGUUUUUCAUAUGGCUCUUUGAUAGACAGAAAUUAUAAAUAUCAUGGUUGAGUUUCAAGAGCCUGGUGGAUUUAGGAAAAACGCAACCCAUGGAUUUCACUGUAUGACGUUCCUUGUGGCCCGCUGUUCUUCGGGUUUAGGAUUUUUUUUUUUUUUUGCCAUUGUUUUCCUCCUCCACUGUACCUUACAGGGAGUGCUACAUAGUGCAGUAGGCACAUAUUGUUUCCUAGGUUCUAUAAGAGGGAAUUUGUAAGCUUUUUCGUGCCCAUAAAUUAAUGGCAUUGUGCCUUCCUGAUCCUAUGCAAUCCCUUUGUUUUUCUCACAUUUUUUUCAGAUGUGAACAAUUAUAUAGCCAAUUAUUUGUGGCACCAAGAUUGCUUAAAAUUCACUAGUUCAUGUCAAUACUAAAUCAUGAAGAAAGUAUGCCAUCUUUCAUUGGAAAUAAAAUCCUCCUUAUAUUCCAGACGUGGGUUAGCUAAAAUUAGGGAAAUAAUAAAUCGAACAUAUAUAAAUCAUAUAUAAAUAA